UGAACCUUUCCAUCUAUUAAGCAAUCCGGAAGUAUACUGCAUAAUAUCAUCGGGAGGACAAACAGAGGACACACAUUUCUGUUUGGGAUAGUAUAUUUGUCAUAACUCUGGUGUAAUUUGUUAAUUUUCUUGUAUUAUAUACAUAAAACAGGAAAAGUGAUAUUCAUGUGCGGGGUUUUUGAUUUGGUUAAAACAAACUUUCACUCGAUCAAAUGGGAAAAAGAAUGGAUUGUAACAUGGAUUGGUGAUUUCAUAUGUGGCUGUAACACAAUUUAAACAAGUCAAAAAGUAAAGGAAAUGGCAAGUGGUGGUGAGACCUUGUUUGCAGAGACGCUUAGUAAUGAUGUACUACUAUACCGUUUGCAAAUUCUCAUAUGUGAUGGAGGCCUGCUGGUUCUGAGAAAUAUCCUAGACCAGACCCUUGCUGCUCAAGGCAUAACUUUAAGAGCAUGUUUGGAUAGUGAAAAGUCAACAGUUAGACAUUUAAAAAAUCGGGGUGUUAUUACGCAGGAACAAUAUGAUAUAUUGUUUCCAGAUUAUGAUCGAAUACCAACUACAACAGAUAUGGACAUCUCACUUGUCAUUUGUCUUCUUAGAAACCUGAAGUGUUUUGGAUUGAGUCAAAGGUUUGACUGGGAUGCAACGCCAAUAUCAAGUGAUGUAUCGGUUGAAGCAGAUAUAUGUCGUUUGAGGACUUUAAGAGAUAAAAUUUGUCACAUGUCAACAACAAGUCGAAUACAACCCACUGAUUUUGCAACUGUGUGGAGUGACAUUGAGGAGGUACUUGUUCGAAGAAGUUUCCCUGCUCUGAAUAUGCAACAAAUAAUUGCCGAUUUCAAAAAUUGCCCUCUAGAUCCAGAGGAAAGUAAAAAGAUUCAGAAAGAAGUAAAAAAGUGGAAGGACUAUGAAGCUGAUGUUGGUCGUUUGGAAGAUGAAAUGAAAGAAAUAUCAGCAAAUGUUUCUGAUGUGAGCAAGAAACGCGAGGAGAUAAAAAUACCACAAUAUCAAAACCGACUUUUUUAA